AUGGAGAAAAUCGUUCAUAACAAAGACAUUUUUACAAACUUUGCUGAAGCUACAAGUCAACAACAACCUGCUUCAACUCCAUGGACUCAGGAAAAAGAAGAAUUUCUUUUAGAACCUUAUAAUUACUUGUUAGCUCAUCCUGGUAAAGAAAUUAGAAGCAAAUUGAUCGAUGCCUUUGAUCAUUGGCUUAAAGUUCCUAAAGAUAAAUUGACAAUUAUAAGCAAGGUUGUCGAAAUGUUACAUACCGCCAGUUUAUUGAUUGAUGAUGUAGAAGACGAUUCAAAGUUACGCCGGGGUGUUCCAGUUGCACACUCUAUUUAUGGGAUACCUGCCACAAUAAAUUGCGCGAAUUAUGUAUAUUUUCUUGGAUUAAACGAAUUAAAAAAGCUCAAUGAUGUAAAUAUGUUUAAUAUUUAUACAGAGGAAUUGUUAAGGCUUCAUCGUGGGCAAGGUCUGGAACUCUAUUGGAGAGAUAAUUUGAUUUGUCCUUCUGAAAAAGAGUUCAUCGAAAUGGUUUCAAACAAUAUUUUAAAACAACAUACGACUUCUAUUGAAUUAAAGCAAUUUGCAGUGAAAAUUAUGGAAAAAUCCGGUUCUUUUGAUUAUACUAAACAUUAUUUAUCCAAAACAGAAAAGAAAUCUAGAGAUGAGAUACAAAGGUUAGGCGGAAAUCCGAUGUUGGAACAGCUUAUGGACUUUUUGAGUACUCGAGAAUUAUAA